AUGCCUCCCAAGAAAACUGCUGCCGCGUCCGCGACCAAGAAGGCCGCCGCUGGUCAUGCCUCCUACCGCGAUAUGAUCAAGGAUGCUAUUGUUAAUUUGAAAGAGCGCAACGGUAGCAGUCGCCAGUCCAUUAAGAAAUAUGUUCAGAACAACAACGACCUCAACAACGCGUCUCCUGCCGUUUUCGACAACCAGUUCAACAAGGCGAUCAAGGCUGGUGUUGAGAAGGGUGAUUUCACCCAACCCAAGGGCCCGUCUGGUCCUGUGAAGUUGGCCAAGAAGGACGCUGUUGAGAAGCCCGCGCCCAAGAAGGCGGCUCCUGCUAAGGCUGCCCCUACCAAGGCUGCUGCCCCCAAGAAGGCCGCCGCUAAGAAGACCGAGAAGGCCGAGAAGGCCGAGAAGGCCGAGAAGACCGAAAAGGCCCCCAAGAAGGCCACCAAGGCCACCACCGCUACCACGAGCACCGCUAAAAAGGCCACCACCGCUACCAAGAAGAAGACUACUGCGAAGCCCAAGGCCAACACAGCCAAGCCCCGCAAGACACCAGCUGCUGCUCCUGCGAUCAUUGAGAAGCCCAAGAUCAUCUCGACGACCAAGUCUGGCCGCGUGACCAAGACGACGGCCCAGCCUGAGUCGGCUCCCAAGAGGGCUGCUCCUAAGAAGAAGGCGUAA